AUGGCUCCAAGUUUUGGGGAAUGGCUUACAUCCCAGCAAAUGUAUUCUUAUAUGGUUAUAGUAGAUCCGAGUUAUUUAAGCGAUAACUUCAAUUUCUUUGGCCUUAAAAAGUAUUUUAACAGAUUUAAUGAAGCAUUAAUUAAAAUUCGAAGUCCUCAUAAAGAAUCAGACGAAGAAGAUGAAGAUUUAAUGGAUCAGUCGAUUAAUUUAUACGGAUUAAUACAUGCAAGGUUUAUUUGCACUUUAGAUGGAAUAGAUCUUGUUAAGGAAAAAUAUGACUCAGGAAAGUUUCCCACUUGCCCUAGAUAUCUAUGCAAUGGGUGCAGAUGCCUUCCUUAUGGCGUUUCUGAAAUUUUUGAGGAAGCGACCAUGAAAAUAUUCUGUCCAAAUUGCUGUGAUGUCUAUGAAUCUCAGUUCUCUCCAUACGGCCGGCUAGAUGGCGCAUUUUUUGGGCCGACUUAUGUUCAUAUAUUAAGACAAAGAUUUAGAUCAAUUGUUCCGAAAGCUCCUUGCAAUGUUUUCGUUCCUAGAGCAUUUGGAUUUAAAAUGGAUCGUAAAAGAUCACCAAAGCCAAAGAAAUCGAUUAUACAAAAUUCAACCACUCCAGAUGAUAACUAA